GACCUGCCACGUUAACGGGGUGCUCGCCUCGCCGCCCGGUGCGAGGGCUGUGCGCGGGGAGCUGCGAGGGCCGCGGGCUGGGAAGGCUGCGUGGAAAGCUUUCCUUGGCACUGGUGAAGCGGCUCUGCAGAGAGAGGAAGGGAUCUCGCUUCCAGGUGUUCUUUUCCAUUCGGUGCCGUGGUUGAGCUAAGGCAGGGAAAGCUCGGUGUCCUCACAAAACACAACUGAUCUGUCACCUUUCCUCCAGGUGCCCUGAAUGACUGAUAACUCACCCGCCAUAGCUAGGCUGACAGUGGCAACCUGCUGCUUAAUGGCUCAGUUACCGUCCUUCCACUUAGGGCGUUCAUUGUCUGGCUGGCAAAUGGAGAGACAAUUCGUGUCUAUAAAAUGACAAAGAAGGACGACGGCAGCUUCACCUUCACUGCAUCUUCUGAGGACUUCCCAAAGAAGCACAAAGCUCCUGUCAUUAACAUAGGAGUUGCAGAAACAGGAAAAUUUAUCAUGACAGCUUCCAGUGACACCACCAUCCUGAUCUGGAACCCGAAGGGUGAAGUCCUUGCCAGCAUUAACACUAACCAGAUGAACAAUGCCUAUGCUGCUGUGUCACCAUGUGGGAGGUUUGUGGCAUCAUGUGGCUUUACUCCUGAUGUAAAGGUUUGGGAAGUGUGUUUUGGCAAGAGCGGAGAUUUUCGGGAAGUGACCAGGGCUUUUGAGCUGAAAGGCCACGCUGCUGGUGUAUAUUCCUUCUCCUUCUCUAAUGACUCGAGGCGGAUGGCAACUGUUUCUAAGGACGGGACAUGGAAGUUCUGGGACACAGACGUGGAAUACAAGAAGCAGCAGGACCCGUACCUGCUGCUGACGGGGAGGUGCGAGGUGUCGGAGCCGUGCCGCAUCGCGCUGUCCCCCGACGCUCACGUUGCAGCCAUCUCCUGCGGCACGACUAUCGCCGUGUACAACACGCGCCGAGGGGAGGAGGAGGAGCGCUUUGUCGGCGUUCACGGACAGCACAUAGCAGAUUUGGCUUUUGACACCACCGGCCGCUUCCUGGUGUCCUGCGGUGACCGGGCCAUCCGCGUGUUCCACAACACACCCGGCUACCGCGCCGUGGUGGAGGAGAUGGAGACCAUGCUGAGAAAAACCACCACCAAAGCCACCCGGGAGCGGCUGGAGCAGCAGAUCGCCGGUGCCAGGAAAGCGCUGGCUGCCAUCUGCGGCAGGAAGCAAUAGCAGUUCCGUGCGGGAGCGGCGCGCCGGGUUUGACCGAUAAAACAAUGAACAGAUUGCAAUAAAAGAGCGCUCACGGCUU